AUGUCUCAGAAUUACGAUGUUGGAACGAGGGCAUGGCAGCCCGAUGCCACCGAGGGCUGGGUCGCGUCCGAGGUCACCAACAAGACCGUCGAUGGCAACAAAGUCAAGCUGGUCUUCAAGCUUGACAGCGGCGAGGAAAAGACGAUAGAGGUCACCACCGAGGCCCUCCAGAAUGGCGACUCCCUCCCCCCUCUGAUGAAUCCGACCAUGCUCGAGGCGAGCGACGACCUGACGAACUUGUCCCAUUUGAACGAACCUGCCGUCCUCCAGGCUAUCCGUCUCCGAUAUGCGCAGAAAGAGAUCUAUACAUACAGCGGUAUCGUCUUGAUUGCCGCGAAUCCCUUUGCCAGAGUAGACUCCCUCUACGUCCCCGGCAUGGUUCAGGUGUAUGCCGGAAAGCAGAGGGCGACACAGGCGCCCCAUUUGUUUGCCAUUGCAGAAGAGGCUUUCAUUGACAUGGUACGGAGCGGCAAGAACCAGACAGUUGUUGUGUCGGGUGAGUCCGGUGCCGGCAAGACGGUUAGCGCAAAGUACAUCAUGCGUUAUUUCGCUACGAGGGAAUCUCCCGACAACCCGGGUACGCGGUCCAAGAAGGGCGCCGAAGCUAUGAGCGAGACGGAAGAGCAGAUCUUGGCCACGAACCCCAUCAUGGAAGCCUUCGGAAACGCAAAAACGACGCGUAACGACAACUCAUCGCGAUUCGGCAAGUACAUCGAAAUCAUGUUCGACGAGAAGACAAACAUCAUUGGCGCCAAGAUCCGCACAUAUCUGCUCGAGCGUUCCAGACUCGUAUUCCAACCUCUUAAGGAGCGCAACUACCACAUUUUCUACCAAUUGGUCGCAGGUGCUUCGGACGCUGAGCGCCAAGAGCUGAAUAUUCUCCCCAUCGAGCAAUAUGAGUACUUGAACCAAGGCAACUGCCCCACGAUUGACGGAGUAGACGACAAGGCUGAGUUCGAAGCCACCAAGAGUUCCCUGAAGACGAUCGGUGUGAGCGAUGCCCAGCAAUCCCAGAUUUUCAAGCUCCUCGCCGGCUUGCUCCACCUAGGAAAUGUGAAGAUUGGGGCGUCUCGCAACGACAGCGUUCUCGCGCCGACGGAACCAUCCUUGGAGCUGGCUUGCUCGAUUCUGGGCGUCAACGGAACCGAAUUUGCCAAAUGGAUUGUCAAGAAGCAGCUGGUGACGAGAGGCGAGAAGAUCACUUCCAACUUGACCCAAGCACAAGCUAUUGUCGUCCGAGACUCUGUGGCCAAGUUUAUCUACUCCAGCCUGUUCGACUGGCUCGUUGAGAUCAUCAACAUGAGCUUGGCGACCGAGGAGGUUCUGAACCGUGUAACCUCCUUCAUCGGUGUGCUCGAUAUCUACGGUUUCGAGCAUUUUGCCAAGAAUUCCUUUGAACAGUUCUGCAUCAACUACGCCAACGAGAAGCUUCAGCAGGAGUUCAACCAGCACGUUUUCAAGCUGGAGCAAGAGGAAUACCUGAGAGAGCAAAUCGACUGGACUUUCAUCGAGUUCUCUGAUAACCAGCCCGCCAUUGACCUGAUUGAGGGUAAGCUUGGUAUCUUGUCUCUCUUGGAUGAAGAGUCUCGUCUGCCGAUGGGCUCCGACGACCAAUUCGUCACGAAGUUGCACAACCAGUACGGCACCGACAAACACAAGUUUUACAAGAAGCCGAGGUUCGGCAAGUCCGCCUUCACCGUGUGCCACUACGCUGUGGACGUCACCUACGAGUCCGAGGGCUUCAUCGAGAAGAACCGUGACACGGUGCCCGACGAGCACAUGGCCGUUCUCCGCGCGACUACGAAUGACUUCCUUCGUCAUGUCCUGGAUGCCGCCUCUGCAGUUCGCGAAAAGGAUUUAGCCUCCGCUUCGUCCAGCUCUGUGAAGCCCGCCGCUGGUAGGAAGAUCGGUGUGGCCGUCAACAGGAAACCGACCCUCGGAGGCAUCUUCCGUUCCUCAUUGAUCGAGCUCAUGAACACCAUCAAUAACACAGAUGUCCAUUACAUCCGGUGCAUCAAGCCCAACGAGGCGAAGGAGUCAUGGAAGUUUGAGGGCCCUAUGGUCUUGAGCCAGCUGCGAGCUUGCGGUGUGCUCGAAACCGUUCGUAUAAGUUGCGCCGGCUACCCUACUCGUUGGACGUAUGAAGAAUUUGCCCUGCGCUACUACAUGCUCGUUCACUCCGACCAGUGGACGGCCGAGAUCCGGGAUAUGGCCAACGCCAUCCUCUCAAAAGCGCUGGGCAGCAGCUCCGGUAAGGGUACGGACAAGUACCAGCUCGGUCUUACCAAGAUCUUCUUCCGUGCUGGUAUGCUUGCCUUUCUCGAGAAUCUGCGCACCAGUCGUCUGAAUGACUGCGCGAUUCUCAUCCAAAAGAAUCUCCGCGCCAAAUUCUACCGCAACCGUUACGUCGAGGCUCGCAACGCCAUCGUAACAUUUCAGUCCGCAGUCCGAGCAUACAUCGCCCGGAAGCAGGCCCAGGAACUCCGCACUGUCAAAGCCGCAACAACAAUUCAGCGGGUUUGGCGUGGCCAAAGGCAAAGAAAAGAGUACCUACGCGUCAGGAACAAUGUCGUCUUGGCGCAAGCGGCGGCCAAAGGUUACCUUCGAAGAAAAGAAAUCAUGGAGACCCGCGUAGGCAACGCUGCGAUCCUCAUCCAGCGUGUCUGGCGAUCUCGUCGCCAGGUACUCGCCUGGAGGCAAUACAGAAAGAAGGUCACCCUUAUCCAAAGCUUGUGGCGUGGAAGAAUGGCUCGACGCGAUUACAAGAAGGUCCGGGAGGAGGCUCGCGACCUGAAGCAGAUUUCUUACAAGCUGGAAAACAAGGUCGUCGAGCUGACCCAAUCUCUGGGCUCUAUGAAGACUCAGAACAAGAACUUGGUGUCUCAGGUGGAGAAUUACGAAGGCCAGAUCAAGGCGUGGAAGAACCGUCACAACGCACUCGAGGCCCGUACGAAGGAACUUCAGACUGAGGCCAACCAAGGCAGCAUUGCGGUUGCGAGGCUGCAGGCCAUGGAGGACGAGAUGAAGAAGCUUCAGCAAAGCUUCGAGGAGUCAACUUCCAACAUCAAGAGGAUGCAAGAAGAAGAGCGCGAGCUUAGGGAAUCUUUGCGAUCGACAAGUACGGAGCUAGAGACUGUGCGUCAGCAAAGCGCCCAGAUCGAGAGCGAGAAGCUGUCAUUGCGCCAGCAGCUCGCCGAGCUUCAGGAUCAGUUGGAGUUGGCGAGAAGACUCGCGCCUGCCAACGGCGAGCUCACCAACGGCGCCGCCCAGGCCGCACAAACCUCAACCGCCAGCGGGCUCAUCAAUCUCGUGUCGUCCAAGAAACCGAAGCGCCGCAGCGCGGGUGCCGAGCCGCGCGAGGUGGACCGCUUCAGCGCCGCGUACAACCCCCGCCCGGUGUCUAUGGCCGUCACCAGCACUGCCUUCAAACAAAACCUGCAAGCAGCCGGUAGCUUCACGCCCAACGUGGACAACAUCGAGCUCGAGCUGGAGACACUUCUGGCCGACGAGGACGGCCUGAACGAAGAGGUCACGAUGGGUCUGAUCCGCAACCUCAAGAUUCCAUCCCCCAACACGAACCCCCCUCCUUCCGAUAAGGAGGUUUUGUUCCCUUCUUACUUGAUCAAUUUGGUUACCUCAGAGAUGUGGAAUAACGGCUUCGUCAAGGAAUCCGAGCGUUUCCUGGCCAACGUGAUGCAAUCGAUCCAACAGGAGGUCAUGCAACACGAUGGCGACGAGGCCAUCAACCCCGGCGCCUUCUGGCUUUCUAACGUUCACGAGAUGCUCUCUUUCGUGUUCCUCGCUGAGGACUGGUACGAGGCUCAGAAGACGGACAAUUACGAGUACGACCGUCUGCUGGAGAUUGUCAAGCACGAUCUGGAGAGCUUGGAGUUCAACAUCUACCACACCUGGAUGAAGGUUCUGAAGAAGAAGCUUCAUAAGAUGAUCAUUCCUGCCAUCAUUGAGUCCCAGUCUCUUCCUGGAUUCGUUACAAACGAGAGCAGCCGCUUUCUCGGAAAGCUCUUGCAAUCCAACUCCACGCCCGCGUACAGCAUGGACAAUCUGCUCAGCUUGCUGAACAGUGUGUUCCGCGCCAUGAAGGCUUACUACUUGGAGGACUCAAUCAUCACCCAAACAAUCACCGAGUUGCUGCGCCUUGUCGGCGUAACCGCCUUCAAUGAUCUCCUCAUGAGACGCAACUUUCUUUCCUGGAAGCGCGGUCUCCAAAUCAACUACAACAUUACCCGGAUCGAGGAAUGGUGCAAGAGUCACGACAUGCCUGAAGGCACCCUGCAGCUGGAGCACUUGAUGCAAGCGACGAAGCUCCUGCAGCUGAAGAAAGCCACGCUGAAUGACAUUGAGAUUAUUCAGGACAUCUGCUGGAUGCUGUCUCCCAACCAGAUCCAGAAGCUCUUGAACCAGUACCUAGUUGCGGAUUAUGAACAGCCCAUCAACGGCGAGAUCAUGAAGGCCGUUGCAUCUCGUGUAACAGAGAAGAGCGACGUCUUGUUGCUCCAGGCUGUCGACAUGGACGACAGUGGCCCAUACGAGAUUGCUGAGCCGAGAGUCAUCACCGCUCUGGAGACUUACACUCCUUCAUGGCUUCAAACACCGCGACUAAAGCGCCUCGCCGAGAUCGUUUCAGCACAGGCCAUCGCUCAGCAGGAAAAGCUGGAGUACGAUCCUGAGGAUGGCUUCGAGCCCAAUGGCGAUCUUGCCGAAGUUGACGAAAGCGAGGAGGUAGCUGCGUAG